AUGUCGAAUACACCCUUCUGCCCACAAAAGAGAUCACACGCUCCUGAGGAGCUGAUCAGCGCGGUGAUGGCAGUCCCGCCCAAAACGUCACUCCGUCAUGCUGCUCAAGAUGCAGCUAAAAAGGCGUUCGUUGCCCUUUAUUUACAGCCGACGAAGCCCUCCACUGAGCUGCUGCUGGUAAAGUACAUGGCAUUUCUAGACCCGUUCUUCUUUUUUGAGAGUCUCUGUCAGGAUGUUUCACUCCAUGUGUCACAAGAGGACCCGCUGAAGCCGGGCAGACAUGGUGUGUUCUUCUCUUCCAGAGGAGAAAUCCGGAUUUUCUUGAAUCCAAAAGGAGGACGACGUAAGCUAGACGAUGUGCUCUCUACCCUCAUCCAUGAGAUGGUACAUGCGUACCUUCUAAUCUUCUCGAAAAAAUCCCUUGCAAAAUCCCCUGGAGAGUUGUACGCUCACGAUUGCCAUGGUGUCUACUGGAGCGGCCUGUUCCUGUCCAUCGUCAACGUAGUCCGAUCGUGGCAUCCCAAGCUAAACACUUUCGUCACAAGGGUUAAGUCAAAGAGCUCCCAGAAGGCUGAACCUAAUGAAAAGGAGAGCCUCGGCUUACUGACAAAGAAACUCACCAAGCUGAGCCUAGAGGAAGACAACGGAGCAGGUGGAGCAGGAGAUGGUGACGAGGUCGACAUCGAACGUCUGUUUGGAGUAGAGCAUUGUUCAGCCCAUGAGGAGCCAUAUUGA